GCUGGGGGGGGGGGGGAGAGCAUGGAGCUGUGGCUGCUGCUGCUGCCGGCCUGGGGGGCCCUCCUGCUGGGCCUGCGCCUGGCCGCCGCCGAGCGGCACACCGUCUUCUGGAACGGCACCAACCCCAAGUUCCUGUGGGACGACUAUGCCGUGGAGGUACAGCUCAACGAUUACCUGGAUAUUAUCUGUCCGCACUACGAGGACAACAGCGUCCCCCCACACACGAUGGAACGCUACACGUUGUAUCUGGUGGAUCAGGAGGAGUACGAAACUUGCAAGCCGCGCUCAAAGGACCAGAUCCGCUGGGAGUGUAACCGGCCGGAUGCCCUGCACGGGCCAGAGCGCUUCUCUGAGAAAUUCCAGCGGUUCACACCAUUCACGCUCGGCAAAGAAUUUCGGGAGGGUCACGAGUAUUAUUACAUCUCAAAGCCGAUCCAUCGGCACGGAGACAACUGCCUCAAGUUGAAGGUGUUGGUGGCCGGAAAAAGCACUCGGACGCCGCCUCGCCGUGCUCCCACCCAGAAGGGAAAACUCCAGGCAGAUGACCCCGACGCCACGAUGCUGCGGAGCGUGGGCCACAACUCCGCGCCACGGCCCUGUGGCCCCUUCACCGUCCUCAGCUUCCUGGUUCUGCUACUUCUGUGGCACGGACUCUGACGCCCCUCGUCCCGGACACGUCAUGAAGACACAGGGCGAGCCCCGUUUCCGUGGGGUCGCUGUGCGCUCACCCCUCCCCUGCGAGAAGCUGUGAAGAGCAGUCGGUGUUAGGGGGCUGAGCCCUAGGAGCCAAGUGGGGGCGGCUGUCGACGUUGCCACGGAGACGGUGGGGCAGGGAGUGGCGACGGAGCGUGGCGGUGGAAGUGAGACAGCGAGCACUUUGGAAGCUAAGCUACGGACAGGAUUAGCUCAGUGGAUGGGCAGCCAGGCGUGGACUACCUCGGACAAUCUGGUACUUGUCUCCCCCACUGUGAGGAAUCGGACACGUCAGGUGUCGGACACGUCAGACUUGGCUUCCCCCCGUCCCGAAGGACACGUUGCCGAGUAUCCCGCAGGGGGUGACGCUCGGAUUGUGAAAGGGGUGCCGCAGGACACGCCACGUGGUUGGAAUCGAUGGACUCUGGGGUGGCACUAGGUACACCGUGACGCCCCGUCUCCCAGCUGCCCACUGGGGACUAUGUACAGGACAAACAAUUUGUAGGACAAUAAACAGGCUGGUCCUGGAUUUUUACGGCCCUCCUGAUGAAUCCGUCUUCUUCCUGCUUAGGAUGCCGCUGAACUCGGUCCCGUAACCCCCAAAGAGCAAAGUGGAGCCUGGUGGGUUUCAAAUGUCAGAAAACCCAGUUCGAUCAGACUGUGAUUUUCCGGGCUGUGUGGCCGUGGUCUGGUGGAUCUUGUUGCUAAUGUUUCGCCUGCAUCUGUGGCUGGCA